AAUUCGUGUGUGCUCUGAGGAAUGGUCCAAUUGUCCAGGCAUGCUUCUCCAAUGACAUGUUAGGCAUGGAUUUGAAUCCACGCAACAAUAUACUUGAAAGCUCGCAACCAAGCAACACAGGGGAAAAGAACUUUCUGGAUUACUUUAAGCAAGAGUACGCCGCUUUGAAAUUACGCAAUUCGUCAUUCACAGCUUUAGCGAAACUCCAUUUUAGAGACAAGGAAACCAGACUUCGUGCUCAUUACCUGGAUCCUUGA